GAGCGAUGUGUGGCGAAGUCGCGUCUGCCUGACAUGUCGCGAAUGCCUCGCACAACCACCACCAAAACAGCAAACGCCAAGACAAACCUCACCCCCCAACAUGCCACACAUUCAUGAGCAUCGUGCUUUGCUUGUUGCUUGCUGCGAUUGGCCAUUCUAUUGUUGUUGGUAGUGCUGUUGUUGCCGUGCGUGCGUGUGCGUUGUUGGUGCCGAUCACAACAUAACAACAACAGCGAGUCGGUUGGUCCACACACACACACCACCAAACUGAAUCGCCAUCUAUCCAUUCAGCCACACACAAGGAGUCCGCGCAUUCAGCGAUCCACACAGCCAACAGACCACCACCACCACCAGCAGCGACCACAGCGACAACAAACGCAGGGCCCUGUGACGCUUGGUUGCUGCCAAGAUGAUGUCCCCAACCAAACGGGAGAACAAGCUCCCUGGCGGCUGGCAGACUGUCUCCGUCGACGGCAUCACCGUCUACAUCAACACAUUCGCCAGGGUGGCAACCACGGUAUCCAGCGUGGUAAGCAAGAAGCGCCCAAAGCGAACCACAAAAGUCAGCAACGAAAGCGGGACGUAUGUGAUUCAGCCACAUCCCUCAGAUCUGCCAAACUGCUGGGAGCGCGCAGUCGCCCUCAACCCAGAUGGAAAGACUGGCGCAUUCGUCUACCACAACACGAAGACAGGCGCCACCUCCAUGAAGAAGCCAGAGCCAAGCCUCAAGCCAGGAGAAACGCCACUGCCCUCUGGCUGGCGCAUGAUGUUUGAUGAGGACGGUGAUGUCUUCUAUGUUGACGACAACUCUGGCACCCGCACAUACGACGACCCGCGUCUACUCUGCACGGCUUUCAAGGAGACAGAGGCAGAACGGCUGGCUGAGAUGCAGGAGCGUGCUGAUCGCCGCAGCCGCAAGCCGUCCUUGGCGCCAGAGCAGCUCCAGGAAGCGUGGGAGAUUUGCAAGGUUGACCAUGCGCGGUUCAAUGCGCUGAAGCAGCACCUCACCACCCGCGACCGGCUGCCAGCGGAGGUCACGGGCAAGGGCCUCAACCGCUACAUCAACAUCCUUCCAAACCCGCGCACACGCGUGAGGUUGGAGGACGAGUAUGAACCGCGGACAGAGAUCUCGACAUACAUCAACGCAAACUACAUCCCAGGCCCGCAGGGGCAACCGCGGGAGUACGUUGCAGCAAUGGGCCCACUGGACAACACCAUUGAGGCGUUUUGGCGAAUGGUGUGGAUGCUUGACAGUCCAGCCAUUGUCAUGACAACACCGCUGGCGGAGAAUGGUCAGGUGAAGUGUGCACGAUACUGGCCGACAGUCCGGUACAAUCUGGAGAAGAAGUGUGGAGACAAACGGUGGGGCGACAUCCGCGUGGCCGUCAUGAAGGGCCGCAAGCGUAAAGGAUACAUUGAGACGCAUUUGAGGGUGACAAAGGACAGCCAGGAGCGCAUGGUGCGCCACUACUGGUUCACAGACUGGCCAGACCACGGCGUCCCCGAAAGCGCAACCAACGUCAUCAACAUGCUGCUCGACGUCCAAGGAUACUGCAAAAAAGCAGACGCCACGGGACCGCCCAUUGUCCACUGCAGCGCUGGGAUUGGCCGGACGGGCACAUUCAUUGCCAUUGACCACUGCAUCCGCUUGCUCGAGACAACCGCAUGCGUUGAUCCAAUUGCUGUCGUUGAGAAACUUCGUCUCGCACGUGGAGGAAUGGUCCAGCAUCCGCAGCAGUAUGAGUGCGUGCAGCACGCGUGUGUGGAGUAUGCAGAGAUGCGCAACAAGCCCAUGCGCAUGCACGAUCUCGACGGAUCAGAGAGCGAGGAUUCCUUGCCUGCGCUGGACAGAGGGUCUGCGGGGUCGCGGAUCGACUGGAAAAAGUCGCUGCGCAGCAAACGCCCGAGCGAUAUGGAGAACCUGAUCAAACACGGCAAACCAGACGACAUGCCGGAUGAGGAGUGGAAGAAAGUGGCGCGAAAGUACAGGAAGAUGCAGGCCACCAUCCGAGCAAAGCAUUCUGUUCGAAGAAAAAUGGACGCUGCUGAGAUGGAUGGGGAGUUGCGCCUGGGAACAAUUUCCGGCGGGACGAGCGAUGGAAAGUACCGGCCUUCCGUCAUGCAAGUGUUUGAAGACCAGUAGAAGGAACCAUGACCAGUCACAGUGGCGUUGCUGCGCUGGCUUGGUGGGUUCAGUGGAGUGAUGUAGUCCUUCAAUUGGAGUGAUGUGACAGAGUGCAGAGCUUUUGAUUUACGGUGCUUGUGCGCUUGCGUUUGCGUGUGUGCUUGAGUUGUAAUUGAUUGAUUGGAUUGAUUGGAUUGA